AUGAAGGAGAUAGUAGCAGCAUCACGGCUGUAUCUGACAACUAUAUCUUCUGGAUAUCCAGUGACUGUUGGGAAAGACCAGCUGACAACUGUGAAUAGCACAGUGACACCAUGGAGAGACAGGUGGCAGCUAGGAAAGACUGGCAUAGGGGUAAACUGUCCCAGCAAGUCAGUUUACGUUCUUCGUAAGAAGAAACCCGAGCAAGCUACAGAAAGACAACACAAUAAAUACCCCCAAGGUCGUACGAGAGUGGGGGAGGAUGAUCGACCUACAAGCCAACAGGUAACGAACACGCCCGAUCAACCGACAACGAAUCAGAACACGGACUGGGCAAGAACAUGUAGUUGUGGGAAGGUGUGUAAGAAUAAGGUGGGACUGAAGAUUCAUCGCACAAAGAUGGGAUGCGCACCAAUCCUAAAUCUGUUGCAACGCGCAAGGCAACUUGGUGAGACGGAGGAGGAGCUGGAUCAGGAUGAACACCACAGUGUCCAGAGCCUCCACGCAUCAGAAGAGGGUGAGGUAACCAUUGAUAACGCAGAGAGGACUGAAGAUCGAGCUGCGGUAGAAUCUACAGAGCGGCGGAAGAAAGUGAUGUGGCCCGCAAGUACAGAGAGAGCGAAGUGGAAGGCGUUUGAAGAAGAGCUGGAACUGGUGAUGGAGAACGUUCUGAAAGGCAAAGUAGAGAGCAAGCUGCAUGUCAUGUCUGAGCUGAUCUACACAUUUGGAAAAGAGCGAUUCGGAACAGCUAAAGAGAAAGUCGGACAACCCAAGGUUGGCGGGAAUAGAAGACUGCAGAAGAUUUCCAACCUAAGGGGAGAACUCAGACGCUUGAAAAGCAGAUACAGACAAGCAGAGGAUGAGGAGAAACAAGGUCUGGCAGAACUGAGAGAUGAUGUACGGAAGGAGAUCCAGUGUUUACGGAGAGCAGAGAAUCUGCGCCGGAAGAGACACGAGAGAAGGCGAAAGAGAGCUCAGUUUACUAGCAAUCCAUUUCAGUUUGUGAAGCGUUUGCUCGGAGAAAAGAAGACAGGCGAACUUCAAUGCACAAAAGAGGAGGCAAACAAGUACAUCAAAGAUAUGUACAGUGACAGCGACCGUCACAAGGAACUGGGCGAGUGCGACAAGUUGCUCACACCAGAUGAUCCUGAACAUGACUUUGAUUGCGCAGAACCUAGGUUGCAAGAAGUCAAGGACAUUGUAAGGAAGGCCAGAGCGUCUUCAGCACCAGGACCCAAUGGAGUACCGUACAGGGUAUACAAGAACUGCCCCAAGAUCUUGCUCAGGUUGUGGAAGCUUAUAAAGGUUGUUUGGAGGAAAGGAGAGCUUUGCAGAGAAUGGCUGAAGGCAGAGGGAUGUUUUAUUCCUAAAGAAGAGGAUUCGUCAACCCUUGGUCAAUUCAGGACUAUCUCUUUGCUGAACGUGGAAGGGAAGAUACUCCUCGCUGUCCUUUCAAAAAGAAUGACCUCUUAUUUGCUUCAGAACAAGUACAUAGAUACAGCUGUGCAGAAAGGAGGAGUACCCGGUGUAUCUGGGUGCAUCGAGCAUACCAGUGUCAUCACCCAAAUCAUCAAGGAAGCACGCGAGAACAAAGGAGACAUCGCAGUGAUCUGGCUUGACCUAGCAAAUGCAUAUGGUUCUGUUCCGCAUCAGAUGAUACAAAAGACUCUACAAUUGUAUCAUGUACCCGUUCGAUUUCGGCAGAUGUUGCGGCACUAUUUCGACGGCUUCAUCAUGAGAUUUUCAACAAGGGCAAUAACCACUGACUGGCAGAGACUUGAAGUAGGCAUCGUUACCGGGUGCACAAUUUCAGUGGUGCUGUUCGCAGCAGCCAUGAAUCUGAUAGUGAAGUCAGCGGAGAAGCCAUCAAGAGGACCCAAAAUGACUUCGGGGUGUAUCCAACCACCAACGAGGGCAUUUAUAGACGAUAUGACUAUUACAGCAAAGUCGUACGUCGAGGGAAGGUGGAUGCUGCAAGACAUUGGCGAACUUAUCGAGUGGGCCAGAAUGAAGUUCAAACCCCAGAAAUCAAGGAGCAUGGUUUUGAGGAAAGGAAAGAUUCAAGAGAGUGCAAGAUAUAGAAUCAAAGAUCAGCUCAUCCCUACUGUUAAGGAGCAACCAGUGAAGUGCCUCGGGAAGUGGUUUCGAGACUCACUCAAUGAUAAACAGAGUAUCAAAGACACGGUAGUGCAAAUGGAGAACUGGUUGAAAGAUGUGGACAAGUGUGGUCUGCCAGGAAAAUUCAAGGCCUGGAUUUACCAUCAUGGCAUCCUACCACGCCUAUUGUGGCCGCUGCUGGUGUACAGUGUACCGUCAUCAACAGUGGAAGCAAUGGAAAGGACAAUAAAUUCAUUCCUCAGGAGGUGGAUGGGGGUGCCAAAGAGUUUCACCAGCCUCGGUUUGUACUGCACAGGCAGCAAGCUGCAGAUACCUCUCAGAUCACUGACGGAGGAAUACAAGGUCACAAAGGCCCGGAAAGUCAUUAUGCUACGAGACAGUAGAGAUGAGAAGGUUAGAGAAGCAGGAGUGCAGGUCAACACCGGGAGAAAGUGGAGGGCCGACAAGGCAGUUGAAGAGGCUGAGGCUCGUCUUCGUCACAGCGACAUUGUCGGUAAUGUUGCACACGGGCGACUAGGCUUCGGAUGCGUCACCCGUUCGCAGUGGAGCAAAGCCAGUGCAAAAGACCGACGCACCCAAGUGCAGGAAGAGAUUCGCCGAAUGGAGGAAGAAUCCAGGCUCACAUGGAAUGCGAUCUGGACCAUGGAAAGCGACAGACUUAGUUUCUUGCUCAAGUCUGUCUACGACGUGCGGCCAAGUCCAACAAACCUAGUGACUUGGGGUUUUGCCGAAAAGCCAGAUUGCAAGCUCUGUGGAAGACCAGCGAAUCUGGAGCAUGUCCUGAGCUCAUGCAGGACAGCCCUGUCUGAUGGUCGAUACAGAUGGCGUCACGACAGGGUUCUUGCUUCAAUCGCCGAUCAUCUAGAUCAAGCACGAAAAGCGCAGAAGAUGACCAACAAAGGCCCCUCAUUCAUUUCCUUUGUCAGAGCCGGAGAAGAAGGGGCAAAGGCCAAACGCGCAUGUGGGAUUCUUGGAACGGCAACAGAUUGGAGAAUGGAAGCAGACUUGAAGAAACAGCUCAAGUUUCCACAGGAGAUCACCGUGACAAACCAGAGACCCGACAUAGUACUGUGGUCAGCUGCAUCAAAACAGGUUGUGAUGGUGGAGCUCACAGUACCAUGGGAGGAGCGGAUUGAAAAGAGCUUCGAACGGAAGCGCGAAAAGUACCAGGCCCUCACAGAUACCUGCACAGAGAAAGGCUGGAAGGCAUGGUGUUUUCCAGUGGAGGUGGGCUGCAGAGGUUUCCCAGCACAAUCACUGUGGCGCACUUUCAGCAGACUGGGGGUUACAGGACAGGUCCGGAAACGGGCCAUAUCGGUUGCUGCACGUGAAACAGAGUCUGCUUCCUUGUGGCUAUGGCGGAAGAGAGAGGAGAAGUGGAUAUGGGGACACAGGGCUGUCGACUAG